AUGCCGCAAUAUACCGAAUGGUUUCAGCUGACCACGACGACUACUGCCCUCAACACGUGUGCCAGCUAUAUCGGUUGGGGGGUUGCGGCCUUGUUCAUGGGCCCAGCUGUCGAGGCCGUUGGCCGCAAAGGCGGUGUCGUCAUGUCCGUCAUUCUCAAACUCAUUGGAAUCGCUCUCAUGGCUGGGGCCCAUAAUGUCCUAAUGUUUGUCAUUGGUCGAAUCAUCCUUGGUUGGGGGACAGGCACUGCUGCCAUUGGGGCCUCUACUUGGUUAGCCGAAACUCUUCCGUCAAAGAUUCGUGGGCUGGGACUGAGUAUAACAUAUUCGGUCUACUUUGUUGGUGCUCUCAUGGCAUCCGGAGUUUGUAUCGGAACCGAGUACAUCGAUGACGAGUGGAGCUGGCGCAUUCCGUGCUUGCUUCAAAGCAUAUUUAGCAUUGGAUGCGUGUGUGUACUUUGGUUCACUCCAGAGUCGCCCAGAUGGCUCGCAUACCACGGCCGCGUGGACGAAUCUCUGAAAGUCUUGGCGUCGAUAUAUGCGGACGGCGACGCAUCGAAUACACAGGUCCUGCAAGAACACAAGGCCAUUUUGGACCAACUGAAUUGGGAGCGCAAUAAAGGAAAAAAGCUCACGUAUUCGGAGAUAUUCCGCACUCGUAAUGCUUAUAGACGCGUGGCCCUCGCCAUGUCUGUGGCUAUCAUUGGAAUGAUGAGUGGUAACAAUAUUGUUUCCUACUAUCUAGGUGAUAUGCUGAAUGGCGCUGGUAUCUACGAUGAUACUACUCAACUCCAAAUUAAUGUUAUUUUAAAUGCAUGGUCACUUGUUUGCUCGCUCAUCGGCACCUAUUCCAUGGAUAAAGCUGGCCGCAAAACCCUCUGUCUGAUUGCCUGCAUUGGCAUGACCAUUUCUUUAUUCUUGGUUGGUGCUUUGACAAAGUUAUAUGGAACGGGCGAAAACCUGUCAGGUGCUUAUGCAAAUGUAGCCAUGAUCUUUGUUUUUCAAGGCUUCUACAGUGUUGGAAUCACGCCGAUUACGCAGCUGUACCCCCCUGAAGUGAUGAAUUAUUCAAUCAGAACAAAUGGGAUGGCCCUGUGGGCAUUUUGUGUCACUGCGACUGGACUUUUCACAACUUUCGUCUUCCCCUUUGGCUUUGCUGCUAUUGGUUGGAUAAUGUACAUGAUCAACGCAGCAUAUGAUGUUCUUCAGAUUAUAUACGUGGCUUUGUAUUGGGUCGAAACCAAGGGACUAACCCUUGAGGAGAUUGACAAUAUCAUGGAUAGGAUCAAGAAGCCCGCAGUGGCGGUUAUUGAUGGAAUCCCAGGCGAUGCAGGCUCACAGCUGCGCUCGAGCAAGAUGAACAUGGGUGCUGGAGUGAAAGAGAUGGGCAAAUUGGAGGAGUAG